CAGCAGGCUGGCUGGACGCGGGGCUUAGGAACGCAGUGGAGGAGCAGAGGAGGAGCAGAGCGGAGCGCUCGAGCUUCAGGAGUAGCGCUCGCGUGCACCUUCCAGUUACCAUCAUCAACAUCCAGUUAACAUCAUUGAUCUCAGCGCGAGCCUCGCGCUCUUCUCUCGCGCAGCUGCAGCGGGGAGCAGCACGCGCUUCCACAUCUGGGUGUUUUUUUCUUCUUUCUGAUAUUCGGGACUGAUCUUUAUCCUUUUGAUGGCUCGCGCGUCUUGAGGCGCCCCGGCACGUGCAUGCGGAUGGAGUCCCGCCGGAGCUCGAGGGCUUAUGGGAUAUAGUGGUAGCGGGGGUCCGACGGGCGCGGGCGCAGGCGCAGGUCCUGGGCGGCGCAAGCAGCUCGCGCUGGCGGGCAGCAGCAUGCUCGCGCUGUGGCUGUACGCGCUCUACUCGUGCGCGGGACACUGCGCCACCGCGCCAGCUCACGAGCGCGCGGCACCUCCCGCCGUACCCGCCGCCGCCAGGUUGCGCGCGCGACCCGAGCACUACUACUACGACGGCGACGGGAGCGAGACCAACAACCACGACGAGUACCGCGCGGGGAACCCCGGCCCCGGAGAACCGGAGCGCGGCGCGAGCGCUCUGUCCAGCCUCGCGAGCGGAGCGGGGUUCAGGCGGCUGCCCCAGGCUCUCAUUAUCGGGGUGAAGAAGGGAGGCACGCGCGCGCUGCUUGAAUUCUUGCGCGUGCAUCCCGACGUGCGCGCGGUGGGAGCGGAGCCGCACUUUUUCGACCGGAACUACCAGAACGGUCUGCAGUGGUACAGAGACCUGAUGCCCAAAACACUAGAAGGUCAGAUCACCAUGGAGAAAACUCCCAGCUACUUCGUGACCCGCGAGGCUCCAGCCCGAAUCUACGCCAUGUCCCGGGAAACCAAGCUCAUCGUGGUGGUGAGGGACCCGGUCACUCGGGCCAUCUCGGACUACACCCAGACUCUCUCCAAGAGGCCGGACAUUCCCUCUUUCGAGAGCCUGACCUUCAAAAACAGGACUACGGGUCUGAUCGACACCUCGUGGAGCGCCAUCCAGAUCGGCAUCUACGCCAAGCACCUGGACAACUGGCUCCAGUACUUCCCCAUGAGCCAGAUCCUGUUCGUCAGCGGAGAGCGGCUGAUCAGCGACCCGGCCGGAGAGCUGGGCCGGGUGCAGGACUUCCUGGGGCUCAAGAGGAUCAUCACGGACAAACACUUCUACUUCAACCAGACCAAGGGCUUCCCCUGCCUCAAGAAGGCUGAGGGCAGCAGUAAGCCCCACUGCCUGGGCAAAACCAAAGGGCGGACCCACCCCAACAUAGACCCUGAGGUCGUGCAGAGACUCAGAGACUUCUACAGACCCUUCAACAUGAAGUUCUACCAGAUGACUGGACAUAACUUUGGUUGGGAUUGAAAGUAAAAAAAAGACUACAAGAACACUCAAACCUAUUUUUUUCUCUGUAUUUCUAUCGGCGAAAGAUGUGAUAAUUGCUAUAUAUAUGUUAAAUGUACAGAGAUCUAUUUUAUAAUAAUUUAUUUUUAAUUUGUAAGCAAUUAAUUCACUAAGCUGCCUAACCAUAUUUGUACAGAGCAUCUGGCCCACAUUUACAUUUAUGUUCUUUUUUUUGUUUGUUUUCCCAACAUUCCACAGUUUUAUUUUUCUGUUAUUUGUUUUUUUGUUUUUACCCUUAUGAUAGGCAACUCAUUUUGAAUAAAUGGUGCUUCCAAAUGUUACUAACUGAAUUACAAUGACUGAAUUUUGAGUUGGUUGGACGAGGAAAAGUAAAAAAAAAAAAAAAAAAGAAAA